CGGGCUGCCCGGGAAUGUCAGCGCGGUGACCCCUCGACCGCCGCCGGACUCUGACCUUGCACCGGGGAAGGCACCAUGGCUUCCAGGCUGCUGCUCCGCGUCCUCCAGCGCGCCCUGCCCGGCAGCGGGCGGGCCGCAGCCCCCGCCAGAGCCAUGAGCGCCAGGGGUGUUCCCAGUGAUGAGGAACAGGCAACUGGACUUGAACGGAAAACUCUAGAGGCUAUGAAAAAAGGACAGGAUCCAUAUAGCAUACUCAAACCCAAGGGAUAUGCAGGAACUAGAGAGGAUCCUCAUAUUGUUCCGUCCAUCAACAAGAAGAGGCUAGUAGGCUGUAUCUGUGAGGAGGACAACUCUGCUGUCAUUUGGUUCUGGUUGCAUGCAGGAGAAAGCCAGCGUUGCCCAUCAUGUGGUGCUCACUACAAGCUUGUCCAUCACGAUGUCCCACAUUGAAAAUCUAUGUUAUUUAACUGAACCAAAGCGGAUUUCACGGUGUCUAAACUGCACAAUAUGAUGUGCACUUAAAUCUGCAAGCAAAAUAUUUACUACCUUCAUAUUUGGUUUCUAUUGGAUUUCAUUAAAAACGCCAAUCUUGUUGUUUUACCCUAGGUUAAUUAAAACUAAAUGCACAACA